GGCAGGACGUCCGGCUUCCAGCUCGUAACUUUAGUACUGUUAGCAACCAAAGAGAGAAUUAAAUAUGGGUGAUAUUGAGAAAGGCAAGAAGAUUUUUGUUCAGAAGUGUGCCCAGUGCCAUACUGUGGAAAAAGGAGGCAAGCACAAGACUGGACCAAAUCUCCAUGGUCUCUUUGGAAGGAAGACAGGUCAGGCUUCUGGCUUCUCUUACACAGACGCCAAUAAGAACAAAGGCAUAACCUGGGGAGAAGAUACACUGAUGGAGUAUUUGGAGAAUCCCAAGAAGUACAUCCCUGGAACAAAAAUGAUCUUCGCUGGCAUUAAGAAGAAGGGAGAAAGGGCAGACUUGAUAGCUUAUCUCAAAAAAGCUACAAAUGAGUAAUAGAUGGCCAUUGCCUUAUUUAUUACAAAAGAGAAAUAUCUCACGGCUUUUUUUUAUGUGUACCAUAAUUUAAUUGGUCUCAUUUACCAGAAUUCAGAUCAUGAAUGAAUGACAGAAUAUUUUUGUUGGACAGUCCCCGUUUAACUAAGACUGGCUUGUGGUUAAAUGAAUAUGAUCAGUUUUUUGGAUUUUGAUAGUGAUUCCAGUUCAGUAAAUGCAUCACUGUUUUCCAUUUCUAAAGAUAUGUUCAUAUUUA